AUGGAUCUGACCCUAUUGGUGUGUCCGGUGAAGGUGUGGAUGCAGUCUUUGGUCCGGGAGCUCCAUAGCUUGAUGGUUGUGUCUCCGCUGCCGCUGCAAAAGAGAUCCCCGCCAAGACUGCACAUGGAUGUGACAGCACUGGUGUGUCCGGUGAAGGUGUGGACACAGUCUUUGGUUCGGGAGUUCCAUAGCUUGAUCGUUUCGUCGCAGCUGCCGCUGCAAAAGAGAUCCCCGCCAAGACUGCACAUGGAUCUGACAGUGUCUGACAGCACUGGUGUGUCCGGUGAAGGUGUGGACGCAGUCUUUGGUCCGGGAGCUCCAUAG